AUGCGGCAAGCUGAUGAAAUGGAGAAAAGUGAUUCAGAAUCUGACCCUGGGGGCAGGCUCUGUCGUGUUGAUUCCCUCAAUCUGGAGGCGGGCAGAGUUCCAUCCGGCCAGAACCAUGCUGCCAAGGUCCGAAUUUUGUCUAAAUUUUUUAAUUUCCCGGCAUGCAAGGAGAUAUUUGCUUCUGUGAGAAUACUAUAUCAGACAUGAUUGGCAUAAAAAUAGAAGUUUGACUCUAACGAGCAUUGAAAGAAAUUCGAGCAUGGGACGAUUUCUCCACUGUUUCCACAGGUGUUGAAUGAUGAAUUUAUGGGCUGUUUUGCUUCGUGCAGGAUGAGUGGGCAAGGACGCUUCACCUGGCAUUCCAGGCCAUCGGAGUGAUAUAUGGUGACAUCGGGACGUCCCCGCUGUAUGUCUAUGCAAGCACCUUCAGUCAAGGGAUUGGCGAGGAAGAUGAUAUCUUGGGAGUCCUGUCCCUGAUCAUCUACACACUGAUCUUUAUACCGAUGUUGAAGUAUGUCUUCAUCGUACUGCAGGCCAACGACCAUGGUGAUGGUGAGUCAAAGCAGCCAAAGUCGGUUCUGUAUGAAACAUAAAAAUCCACCCAUAAAGCUUUGAUAGUCCUACGAGCAUGGCCCCACUAACUUUGGUCGCUUCAAAGUUGAAUCCGGUUGGCAGUUGACAUGGUAGAUGAAAAAUCCUAGAAAAAUAGUAUAUCUUGCCAAAUCAUGUACAUGUACAGAGAAAGGUUUACAUCUUUCUCCAAGGAGGUUUAUAUAUUAUGCUAACAAAAAUAUCAAUUCUGUAGAUUAUGUGAAAAAAAUGAAGGAACGUGUUGAAUAAUAUGCAGAGAAAGGAUCUACCGCAGAAAAGUGUCAUGAUUCUUACUCUUGCAGGUGGAAGCUUUGCCCUGUACUCCUUGAUAUGUCGCUAUUCCAGAGUGGGUCUGGUUCCUAAUCAGCAGGUGGAGGACAUGAUGGUGUCAAAUUACAAAUUGGAAACACCGACAAGAAACAUGAAGAGGGCAGAGUGGAUAAAAGAGAAGAUGGAGACUAGCAAUGCAGCUAAGGUUGCGCUCUUUGUCACAACAAUUCUCGCAACUUCAAUGGUGCUUGGCGAUGGCAUCUUAACACCAUGCAUCUCUGGUAUGUAACAACCAUUCGUAGCAAAAAAUGUAUUCUACUCUCUCUCUCUCUCCCUUCCAUAUUGCAUACACAUCUAGGGUCAGGGUUAGGUCACAGAAUCAGCUGAUUUCUAAUGGAUUCCUGGCUGAUUACUGAGAAGUCCACUUCCAAUCUGUUUGAAUGAUAUCCAGCCAAUCUAGCUGACCGAAAUCCACACGCAUAGGUUACUGUAACCAACGAAAAUUAAAAAUUUGAUGCUUGACUUAAUUUAUUUAUUUUCUUGAUUUUCUGUCAUUGUUUUUUUGAGCUUCAGUACCAAAAGAUACCACCUUUUAUUCGGCAUAUAUGUGCACAGUCUCAGUAGAAAUAUCUGCCUUGCAGUGCUUUCUGCAGUCAGUGGGAUCAAGGAAUCGAGUUCCCUCGAUCAAGGUAUAAAAGAUAUCCAUACCAUUUUCAGUUACUGAACCAUCUGCAUGAAAAUCAUUAGCUUCUCAAUAGCAUGCUGAUUUCUUCCCUGAAGUAAGCUGAUAGGCAAGGAGACAGAUGAAGAAAAACUUGUUUUAAAGGGUGCGUAUACAAAUAUACAUACCUACAUGCAUGCAUGGAUUUAAAUCAAGAUAUAAAAGAUUUCCAUACCAUUCUCGGUUACCAAGUACCGAGAUGACAAAUAUUAGUUGAUCUGUAUCGUGUUGAUUUGUUCCCUGAAGUUGGGUAAGAGGGGAAGAUGACAGGUGAGAGAAAUUUUUUCGUAAACAGUGUCUAAUUUUUAAUAAGAAUAUGUGUAUUGACUCCAAUUUAUCAUCAGCAAUCAAUAUGAAUAUGUUGAUUUUCUGACGAUCUUGAAGUUUAUGGAGCUGAUCAUAUCAACAGUCUUCAUGAUUUGAACAAAGUGAAAAGACACGGGAAAGAUGACCAAAUGCAAAACGACAUUAGGUAAGAGAGUUAGUCAGAUUUCUUGUCAAUUGUAAAAGCAGUGAGUCUGGAAGAUACCAUCGAACUGCACAACGAUAUGAAGAACUUCCCUGUAAAUCAUGAAGACCUGUGAUAGAACAAGGUGGAGCAAGUUGAACUUGCAGAGUAGAAUAAAAAUAGAUCGGAUGGGUCAUAAUCUAUCAAACACUGACAAAAAUCUGAAUGGACAGCGAGAGAUUGAUCUGUCUCCCUGCAAAAAAGAGCUCUCUCUCUCUCUCUAACUCUCUCUGACAUAUGCAUCUUCACAAUUUCACGCUUGGAACACUGAUCAAUCUUCUUUUCUGAAGGUGCCGUCAUUGGAAUCUCCAUAGCAAUCCUGAUUCUGCUUUUUUCCGUUCAACGGUUUGGAACCAACAAAGUGGGAUACUCAUUUGCCCCCAUAAUCUUAACAUGGUUCACUUUCAUUGGCGGAAUUGGACUCUACAACUUAUUCAAGUACGAUGUGAAGGUUCUGCGUGCACUCAAUCCAAAAUAUGUUAUAGACUACUUCAAGAGAAAUGGAAGAAAAGGAUGGAUCUCCCUCGGAGGUGUGGUAUUGUGCAUUACAGGUGAAUUUCUUGAGUACCUCAUUUAAAAAAGCAUUGUUGUUCAUUGUCCUCCACACCCUGCUUUCAAAUUGAUAGUUGAGAAAACCUUAUGAUACAGGUACUGAGGCCAUGUUUGCUGAUCUGGGCCAUUUCAACCUCAGAGCUGUUCAGGUGUGAAAUGCAAUUUCUAACCAUAACUUCUCCAUAAGCACAUAUCAAGGGCUCGUUCAUGCAGACAUCUGUAUGGCGUAUUAAUAUUAGGCCAUGGAAGGCAUGGGAUAAUGAGCACCCAUUCUUUUCAUACAUGAGGAUUGCAGAAGCAAGAUUCUUUACCUUAUCCUUCAUCAGAUUAUGAGGCAUUGAUAAGAGUUUCAGUUUGAGCUCAUAGUUCUAAAUUUUUCUGUUAACAUGGCUCGCUUAUUUUUCUGUUUCACUUUCAGAUUAGCUUCACAGCAGUUUUGUUUCCUUCUGUAACUCUAGCUUACAUUGGGCAAGCAGCAUAUCUUACCAAGUUCCCCGACAAUGUCUCAAAUACUUUCUAUAAAUCUAUUCCAAGUAAGUGGUAAAGUUUUUCAUUUACUAUAGGGGAACACAGGUGAAUUCUCACAGGACUAAUGCAGAGAUACCCAAUUGACUGCAGCUGCCCUUUACUGGCCAACCUUUGUGGUUGCGGUCGCUGCAGCCAUCAUUGCCAGCCAAGCAAUGAUAUCUGGGGCAUUUGCAAUCAUAUCUCAGUCUUUGGCUCUAGGCUGCUUCCCAAGAGUUAAAGUCGUUCACACUUCUGCCAAGUAUGAAGGACAGGUUUACAUUCCAGAGGUAAACUACAUGUUGAUGGCCGCCUGCAUCAUAGUGACGGCUACCUUCAAAACAACAGAGAAGAUUGGCCAUGCAUAUGGUAAGCUAACUGUCAACAUAGUGUGCUCAUUUGAAUCCUCAUGAUCAAGGAACUUUUCAUCGCAUUGAUACUAGGAGCCAAGAGAUGACAGACGGGCAAGACUCAAAAAAAAUGCCACUUGACAGAGAAAACACAGCCCCCAUGUUUUUUAGAGGGGUAAAAUUAACAUCAGCUGUGCGGAAAAAAAUCAUAGAGACUGAGGCCUUAAAUAGAGAACAACCAAUCACUAUAUUUUUCAGUUUUCCUUUUCUUUUUUCAGAGGAAUGGAUGGAGUCUGCCCUCUGAGAAAUGUUAUGAGUAAUUUCCAUGGUGUAAAGACCGAAAUCGCAAAACCCUGAUAGGCUUUUACCUCGUGCAGGAAUUGCGGUGAUCACUGUGAUGUUGAUCACGACCUUCAUGGUUUCAAUCAUAAUGCUGGUUAUAUGGAAGACAAGCAUCUGGCGGAUUGUGCUCUUCCUUCUGGUCUUUGGAGGGAUAGAAGCAGUGUACAUAUCCUCAGCCCUGUACAAGUUCACAGAGGGAGGUUUCCUUCCUCUGGUCUUAGCCUUCUUCUUGAUGAGCAUCAUGGCCAUAUGGCACUACGUCCACCGAGAGAAGUAUCUCUUCGAGCUCAAGAACAAGGUAUCAAGCAGCUACCUAAACGACGUAGCCCUUAAUCCAGACGUGAGGAGGAUACCAGGAAUCGGGCUGCUCUACUCCGAGCUGGUGCAGGGGAUCCCCCCCAUCUUCCCCCACUUCAUCCAGAACGUGCCCUCGAUCCACUCGGUCCUCGUCUUCGUGUCCAUAAAGCACCUUCCCAUCAGCCGCGUAUCCUUGGAGGAGCGCUUCCUGUUCAGGCAGGUCGGGCCGAGGGAGUUCAGGAUGUUCCGCUGCAUUGUGCGUUGCGGCUACAAGGAUGUCCUCGGAGAUUCCAGGACCUUCGAGCCGCAGCUUGUGGAGCACCUGAAGCUGUUCAUCCACCACCAGUUCUUCGUCACCGGAGGAGCCGAAGAACUCUCGCCAUCCAUGCCUGAGGCCGCGAAACCGCCGAGCCCCCCUCGCGAAGCGGGCGUAGAUCAUAAACUCGUCCAUCCCUCUGUGGACCUCGAGGAGGCUGCCAGCCGCCGUGUGGUCCCGCCUCGCGUUUCCUCGGGGUCCAUCCAGAGCGGCAACAGUGACCGCUCCGCCGGCAGGUUCGCCGCAGCUUCGAUCCAGGGGAUCGAGGAGGAGAAGCAGUUCGUACAGAGGGCAAUGGAGGACGUGGUAGUGUACCUGCUGGGGGAGGCACAAGUGGUGGCGGCGAAGAACUCCCCCUUGUUCAAGAAGAUUCUCGUCGAUCACCUCUACGACUUCCUGCGGAGGAAUUUCAGGCAAGGCAUAGAGCUGCUGCCGGUCCCCCACGGGAGGCUCCUGAGGGUCGGCAUGACCUACGAGAUCUGA